AUGCACAGCAGAGGCGCGAAAACGAAAGCCACCGUCAAACUAAAGGACCUUCCUCAGGGCGUUUUAAAGCUGGAGACAUAUAACGAUGGAGUGGACGAUGCGCCCCAGUAUCCGACGGUGGUGCAAGGCCAUCGAAACAAUAUGCAGAAAUUCAAGAACUGUGUCAUUCUUACCAGAGUGGGAGGCUUCUACGAACUCGAUCGAUUUCUCAAGAUCCUCGUCCAGGAUCUAAACAAGUACGUGGCUAUCAGUGAGGAGUUUGCAAUUGAAGCAGAGGGCAAGGCAAAGUCCACAGGACUUAUGUUUGAUCGAAAGGUGGCCCGGAUUGUUACGCCCGGUACAUUGAUUGAUGAAAAAUUCAUUGACCCGUCGGAGAAUAACUUCUUACUGGCUAUUUACCUGGAUGUUUCUUCUCUGAAAGAGCAGUCGCGACAACAUGUUCAUGUCCAAUCAGGCCAGCAUGUGCUAUCCUCGGUGCCUCAGCGAGUAGGACUAUCGUGGUUGGACUUGUCGACGGGGGACUUCUAUACCCAGCUUACCACCACGCAAAUGCUCGCAUCUGCCAUUGCACGGAUUGGUGCUCGAGAAAUUCUUGUGGAUCAGAAUUUCCGCGAUUUGAUCGGACAAGAGUUGCAACAGCUAGUUGGACACGAGCAUCGUUUGGUCACAUUCUUCAAAUUCCCUGAAGCGUAUGCACCUCUAGCCCAGUGGGGCCCGAUGCUGGAGGCUCCUAUUCCUGAUGAAGUGCAUUCGUCAUUUACGGAGGAGGAAGUUGCUGCCGGAUACAGCUUACUCGAAUAUAUUCGCGUGCAGCUGCAGAGAACGGACCUCAAGCUCCAACCCCCGCGUCGAAGGCACCUCGACGAGUCCAUGAACAUUGACCGCAAUAGCUUGAGAGGGCUGGAAAUUCUAGAGACGGCAAGAGACGGAUUCGGAAAGGGAAGCUUGCUUCAUGCUGUGCGUAGAACCAGCACGAAGAGUGGAGCUCGCCUUCUCCGCGAUCGAUUGACAUCUCCUUCCACGUCUCUCCACAUCAUCAACGAAAGGCUCGACCUGGUGUCAGUGUUUCUGGAGAACGAAGACCUUCGAGACGGCAUCAUUGACCUACUUAAACGCAGCUAUGAUGCCCAACGUUUAGUUCAGAAGUUUGCCCUCGGAAAGGGCGACGCCGAUGACCUGAUCUGUCUCUCACGAGCCAUCGAAGCGUCAAAAGGCGUCAAACAAGUUCUAUCUGACUAUGAGAGACCUCUCUGUUCCUCCACAAAAGCAGCCACGGGAGCGAAGAAAAGCCUUUACGCUAUGAUAUCCCGGCUCCAUCUUGAUGGGCCUAUGGCCCUUGCAGAGCGAAUAUUCGCCGCUAUUGACGAAGAGGGCCUCCUCCAACAACAACGUAUUGAAGACAGUACCGCCGCCGAAGCUGCCCGUUUAGCACAAGAGGUGACCCUCAGUGAAGGGACAUCCAGUGAGCUCGAGUCCUUACCUAAAAAGGUGCGGUCCACCAGGACGAGUGAGCGCACCGCGGUGGUGGACUCGGAAUCGGGUCCUGUUGAGACUUGGAUCAUGAGACGCAAUGCUAGCGAGAUCCUCAACAUUCUCCAUGGCGAUCUCGAGCGUCUCGUGGACGAAAAGGCUCGAUUGACCCAGCGCCUCCGGGACUAUGUCGGCUCCUCGACGCUGACCUUGAAAUGGACUCCGGGCCUGGGCCACAUCUGCCACGUCAAAGGCGCCAAGGUCACACAGACCUCUCUUGAGGAGCUGGGAGUGACCCGGAACGUGUCCUCGACCAAAUCCACCCGAUCCUUCUACCUGCCUGCCUGGUCCGAUCUUGGGCGCCGCAUGGACCAUGCCAAAAUUCGGAUCCGGCAAGAGGAGAAAGCCAUCUUCGACGAGCUCCGCCGCCAGGUCCUCCUGAACCUGGUCAAGAUCCGGCGCAAUGCGGCCGUGAUGGACGAGCUGGACGUGGCCUGUUCGUUCGCGAUCCUGGCCCGGGAGCAGCGCCUGGUGCGGCCGAUUGUGAACACCGGCACGGUGCACAAGAUCGCGGGUGGGCGCCACCCGACGGUGACGCUGGGACUGGAGGAGCAAGGGCGGUCGUUCGUGAGCAACGACUGCUUCCUGGGCGGCGAGGAGCGCAUCUGGCUGAUCACGGGGCCGAACAUGGCGGGCAAAAGUACCUUCCUGCGGCAGAACGCGCUGAUUACGAUCCUCGCGCAAGUUGGGGCCUACGUACCUGCAGCAUACGCCGAGAUCGGCCUUGUGGACCAGAUCUUCAGUCGCAUCGGGGCGGCGGACGACCUGUUCCGCGACCAGUCGACGUUCAUGGUGGAGAUGCUGGAGACGGCAGCGAUCCUGAAGCAAGCCACGGCGCGGUCGUUCGUGAUCAUGGACGAGGUCGGGCGGGGCACGACGCCGGAGGACGGGACGGCCGUGAGCUUUGCGUGUCUACACCACCUCCACGAGCGGACGCGGUGCCGAACGCUGUUCGCGACGCACUUCCAUGCGCUGGCGGAGAUGACAAGCGGAUUCGCCCAGUUAGCGCGGUACUGUACCGACGUGAAGGAGACGGAGGCUGGCUCGUUCUCGUUCGUGCAUCGGCUGCGCAAGGGCGUCAACCGGGAGUCGCACGCGCUCAAAGUUGCGCAGCUAGCCGGGCUGCCCCGGGAGACGCUGGAUCUGGCUCGACGUGUCCGGGAGCAGAUGAGGGAGACGAGCGCGGCGAGAGAAGGAGAUGCUGCUUCCUGUUCCAGCGGCCGGUGA